GACCGCGGCGCUGCAUCUCUAAGUGCUGAGAGCGAAGUUGCUCAGGGUGCGGUUGUCGCGGUCGCCGCUGCCUCUCGGUCCAAUGAGCUGUACCAGAAUGAUCCAUGUGCUGGAUCCACGUCCUUUGACAAGUUCCGUCAUGCCUGUGGACAUGGCCAUGAGGAUUUGCUUGGCUCAUUCACCACCUCUGAAGAGUUUCCUGGGUCCUUACAAUGGUUUUCAACGAAGAAAUUUUGUGAAUAAAUUGAAACCUUUGAAACCGUGUCUCAGUGUCAAGCAGGAAGCCAAAUCACAGAAUGAGUGGAAGAGCCCACACAACCAAGCCAAGAAGCGGGUCGUGUUUGCGGACUCCAAGGGGCUGUCACUCACUGCUAUUCAUGUCUUCUCCGACCUUCCAGAAGAACCUACGUGGGACCUGCAGUUUGAUCUCUUGGACCUUAACGAUAUCUCCUCCAGCUUAAAACUUCAUGAGGAGAAAAAUUUGGUUUUUGAUUUCCCCCAGCCCUCAACCGACUACUUAAGUUUCCGGGACCGCUUUCAGAAGAACUUUGUCUGCCUCGAGAACUGCUCUUUGCAAGAUCGGACAGUGACCGGAACAGUGAAAGUGAAGAAUAUGAGCUUUGAGAAGAAGGUUCAAGUGCGAAUCACCUUUGACACCUGGAAAACCUACACAGAUGUGGACUGUGUAUACAUGAAGAAUGUUUACGGCAGCUCAGACAGUGACACCUUCUCCUUUGCCAUCGACUUGCCCCGUGUCAUUCCAACUGAGGAGAAAAUUGAGUUCUGCAUUUCUUAUCACGCUAAUGGGAGGAUCUUCUGGGACAACAAUGAGGGACAGAAUUACAGAAUUGUCCAUGUACAAUGGAAACCCGAUGGAGUGCAGACUCAGGUGGCACCCAAAGACUGUGCAUUCCAACAGGGCCCCCCUAAGACUGAGAUAGAGCCCACAGUCUUUGGCAGUCCGAGGCUUGCUAGCGGCCUCUUCCCAGAGUGGCAGAGCUGGGGGAGAGUGGAGAACUUGACCUCCUAUCGAUGAGUUAGGCAAUCUAUACACUGGCCUUGUCUGAUCAUAAUCCUCAUGCAAUUCUAGGUCUGUAUUGCUCAAUAUUAGGAAGUCGUAGUUACUUUCUAUCAGUAGAUUUAGGUAUGAGCUGUUGGGGCCUGGCUAUAGAAGCUAUAGCCACUUGAGAAUUCAGUGUUGGGGUCUAUGAGGGUGAUGCCACCAGCUUUGUUCUGAAGGAUCAAGGACAGCCUGGGAACUAGUUUUAUACAAGCGACAUCUUUUUUGGGGGUGGUGGUGCAUCACUUCCCUCUCAGUUCACUAGCUUUCACUUUGAACAAGGAAAGGUUUGAGGACAGUUGAUGGUGAUGGAACGCUGUGGUAAGGGUGUGAGGAAUGUGAAACGUAUAUGCCAAGGACUCCAAGACUCGAGUCAGAGGAGGAGCCAUGCAUGGUUAAGUGGAUAUUAAGCCAUCGGUGGGACACAUAAAGUUAUCCUUGCAUAGGAACAUAAAGGGGUGUUGGAUGGUACUGGGGGGAAAAUGAACUGAGGAAUCAAGAUCUUGAGGGCUAGAGAUGUAGCUCAGUUGGUAGUGUGCUUGCCUCGCAUGCGUGAAGACCUGGGUUCUAGGUCUAGCACCAUACAGCUGGGGGUGGCACACAUGCCUCUAAUCCCAGUAUGUUAUAGUAAAGGCGGAGGUAGGAGGAUUAGAAAUCCAAGGUCAUCCUUGGCACACAGAAAGUUGGAAGCUAGCUUGGGCUAGACAAGUCCCUGUUUCAAGGAAACGAUGAUAUCAAAAGAUCUCAAAUGAAUCCUUUCAGUUUAAAACACGGUCUACCAGAAACCAUGUUUUGCAGAGUGUUGAAGCGAAUCCGGCUUUGCGUUCUUAAUUGGAUAAGCGGCUUUGUGAUGAAGGCAUCACUCUUGGGUUCUUGCUACAGAAUGCUGCCUGACAUCAGGCAUGUUGUCACCAAUGACUAGCAGCACGUAGGGACUCCACAUCAUGUCAAAGAGAGCUCUUUCAGUGCCUCCAUUAAACCAGAACACUGUAGCUGUUUAAACCAGUUACCUGAAUGGUCAUCUAAUAACUCAUGAAUGUUUUGGGCCUUAUUUGAAGGUCUAUUUGCUGGUGUCCUCCUGAAAUCUUCAGGAGUGCCAUCAGUGUACACAACUCACGUCCUUCAUAUUGAAGGUGACUCAUCUUUCUGCCACACUUUUUCGAUGUGACGUUUGAAGUGGGGACUGACACCAGAGUCUCAAUGCAAGAAUCCAGGACCUUGCACAUGAAAGCAUCGGUCUAUCUCAUGCCUACUUUUGUCUUGCUGUUUUAAUUUCUAGUCAAAAUGCUUUUUUUUUCUUUUUUUAAAAAAAUGGAGAUAUGAAUGAUUUUGAAUGUGAAUUGUUUUUGUGUGUGCAUAAAUCCACUCUGUGGGAGCUUGAGGACAGGUGUCCUGGGAUGACUACCCUGUGUGCAUGUGCUUUGAGGUGUGUUGGGAAAGUGCAGUGAAUUGUAAUGUAUGUGAUCUGCCAUGCUGGAAAAACACUAUUGGGAUACCUCCCCUGUGAUGGUAUUUGAGGUUUGGCUAGCAUCCAUAAGUUCUCUGCUGUAAAUACCUACAUUGUCUCUAUGAGCCUCUCACUUUAAGAAUAAAUGUG